AGUUAGCAGGCAGUUAAAUCCAGCUGACUGUGACAAAAUGGUAGGGCUUUCUCGGUUAACGAGAAGUGAUCGAAUUGUAAUAUCGACGCAUAAGGAACAAUGAACGUUGAUAGCCAUGAGCAAGUACAACAGCCGGCUUUGAAAACCUCGAAAUCUGUAAAUAUAGUAGAUAAUAGCGGGAUCGGCGGCAGGAAAAUAAAACGAGAAAGACCUGACGUUUACAGUGACAAUGGGGGACAGUCGAUCGGUGACAGUAGUGGCUCCCAACAGGGUACUGUUUUCGCCUACAACAAUGCCUCGUCCUCGUGCGUUAACAAUGGACCUCAUCAAGCCGGUGAACUUGUCAAAGAUAUUCUCGCUGGGAAAAUGACAAGCAUCGCCCACGCUCCAGCUGACAAACAUGAAAAAAUCAGACAAAUGCUUGAAGAUGCCAUCAGCGAUGACUCCAAAUGCCGAGUUCGAGAGAUAUACCUACAAGUGGAGCAACUGCGCAUGGAGGAAAAGCUGUUGUUGUACUUGAAAUUCCCAGCGUCUUUAAUCAAGUCUGGUGAAAAUGUCGAUCCUUUGCGUCAGCCGCUAAAUCCUCUGGGAAAUCGUUAUGAAAUUCAUCAGACUAUCAUGUGGAUAAAGACUCAUCUGGAGGAAGACCCAGACGUUUCAUUGCCAAAGCAAGAAGUUUACGAUGAGUACAACAUGUUCUGCAUCAAAAACUCUAUGAAGCCUCUAUCUACUGCAGACUUUGGAAAAGUUAUGAAACAAGUAUAUCCCCGUGUCCGACCUCGCCGGCUUGGUACCCGUGGCAAUUCUCGUUAUUGCUAUGCCGGAAUGCGUAAGAAGAUCAAGCUUGAACCACCAACACUGCCACCUGUGGUUGGAGACCAGCCGCCCGAAGAGGAAGAAGAUAUCACAGAGGAAAUGUUGGGUGCUGCUUCAACGCUGAUAAGGGAAUGGGCAGAAAGCUUGCUUGGAUUGAAAUUUUCAUCGCUGGGUGCUCUGGCUCGACAUCUGGUCAACAAUUUCUGUGUCGACACACGUUCACUUGCCGCAGUAUGCAUUUUGUGGGCAGCUGCAGAUCCUCAGGCUGUGAAUAAUAAAGAGGGCACAUCUCCAUCACCGUCGGUAUUGACUGCUGAGAAGCCGGCUAAGCUGAGAGAAGCGCAGUUGCAACUGCAAAGAAAAUUACAGCAACGUGAGCACAUUAGGGAACAGAAACAUCGUCACCACGACGCGGUUUCGCAGAACCAGAACAAAGAGAAGACUGUAGACACUAAGGGAGCAAGUGCAAAGGGUGGAAAGAAAAAUAAAUUGAAUCAGUCGACACAAGGUGCGGCUGGUUCACUAGCUGUACAAGGUGCUACAGCGAAGUGUAUUUUGCCGGCAAUGCCGACGGGCCGUCACAAAAAGGCUCUAAAGUCCAGUAAUUACACGUGCAACAGCAUCUCCCUACAAUUUAACUGUGAUAAUAUAGUGGUAAAAUCAGGCGAAGGUACGUCUUGUAACAAUGAAGCAAAGGGGGUCUCUAAUAGUAAUGUACUUUCAUCGAAAGAUCCAAAGAUAAAAAAUCCUAGAAAGCGUGCCAAUUUGAAUGUGGAAUCUAACCAAUCGGAGUCGGUUGUAGAAAAACAAGCAAAAUUAACAAACUCACCGGAAAAUAUACCGAGCGUAAAUACCCCACCGCUGCCUAAACUCACCGCCAUUCAAAAAGCGGAGAGAAAAACUGCUGCGCCUUCGAACAAUACGACCAAACUCACCAAAUUCAAAGUGAUACAGGCUACUUUCAAUCAGCCUGGCAAUAACUGUGAUACUCAAACGACGAAUCGGUCUAAUAAUUAUUCCAAGGUGAACGGCUGUCAGAACUCUACCGAAGCUGCUGGCUCGGUGACCACACUUAACAAACCGACACAGCGAAUAUUGCAAGAGAAUUGUAAAUCAGCAAGUAAAACCAAUCGAACCAGCACUCUUGAUUCUGAUGCCCUUGAUGACUAUUUGAAUGGAGGAAAUAACUCUCAGGAACAGGAAGAAGAACUCUUGCAGUAUUUUCAACAGAGUAGCUCAUCCAGCUCUGAUACAGAGGUAACCAACUUGUCAACGGACGUUGAGAAUACAUCCAGAUCCGAUAAAGUUUCACAACUAAGAUUGAUACUCCAGCAAAACUUGAAAGCCAACACAAAGGGGUACUUGAUACCGGAAAUUCCUGUCACGAUUUCUAGUCCAGGGAGUAAUCCGUCUGCGGAGAAGGUAGGCUCUACUUCUAAAUCUAACGCAAUACUGUCCUCGCUUUUGAACUAUCCAAGUCAGGCAAACACAAGGCGACGAGUCAGCUUCGAGACCAACGUUAUAGAACAUUUCCAAGACCAGAGCAGCCAGGUGUCCGCUGUUCCACAAAGCCCAAACACACGACGUAGGAUAUUCAACUUUACUCCAAUUUCUCCCGGCCCUUUAUCACCCAUUAGCGGCCGCGCUUCCAAACCUAGCUCCGCAAACGGCAGCCCCUUUGUUUCCCCAAGAAACACCCCUGUCCCCAGAUCGCGAAGUAACGUUCAGUCGGGUGUCUCAAGGUCCCGCAGCUCUCAGAAAUUACUAUCUCGGUCCAUGUCCUGCAGUACCCCGUACACGAAUAGAAACGACACGUUUGUUGUUCCCACGGAUGUAACGAGACCCAUAUCGGCCUCACAAUCACCCCCGGACACUGCAAAGUUAAGUGACAUACAGCAGGCCGCUAGCAGUUCCCAGAGUGCAAGUGUUGCGUCAAAAGUGGAUCAGCCACAGGGGCUUCAGACAUCAAAUUUUCUACCAACAGACCUGACUCCCCAAAAACAAUUAAUGAUCAACUAUCCGAGCCAGGAAAACCUUCAAGAGAUCAAGAAUGCUAACGCCUAUCAGAAACACAAACUGCCAGAUCAAGAAAUAAGCGAACUGUUUCACAGUGAGAAACAAUUCACCACUGAACAACUAUUCUACAGGUCACAGUCCGUUCCCCUUCAUAGAAUGGUAAAUCCUACCCUGAUGUCCCCACUUUCCACCCAACAUUAUCCAAUUUCCUUUCAAAGUCACAGUUUUAAUCCUUCGACAAGCAGUUCCGUAGCUCCAACCCCAGUUCCCAGUGAAUUCAAUGACUUUGGACCUAUUAGUCACAUCGAUAACGGCACAUUUUUACUUAACAACGCGGAUGCCAGCAUCAUACCGGAGGAUGACAGUUUUAUAAUCGGUGACAAGGAGAUAAGUCCAGAAAAUUUAACGAAUAUUUUCAACAUCCUGGACAGCCAGAGUUCUCAGAGCUUAGAAAUAUUGAACGAGCAUCACAGUGGCGACGCUCCAAUCGUGUCCAACAGCCUGAUAUUAAAUAGUUUACCAAGUACGCAUUUAAACCUGAACGUAGUUGACAUUUUGGAACCAGAAACGGUUUUGGACUCGUCUGUAUCUUCAACUUUGCAGAGAAUAAUGCAGUCCCGCUCUUAUCCUAAUACUCCUUUGCCUAUGACCCUUUCAUACGCUUCUUCGUGCACGGAUGAUGUUAUGAGUGGAUCAAAAUCAUACCCUUCGACCCCCUUGCACCCUGUUGAACUCAAGGAAGUAUAUUCAGAGUCAAGCGAGCCUAUGUUAUCCAGUUUGAAUUUAAACUCAUUGCAGCUCCAUGGUGAGACAGUGAAUUCUGACUCGUCGUCCAACAAUGCUUGCCGCAAUGUUACAGAUUUACUCGAGACCAGUUUUUUGGCCGACAACGAAGGUGAAACUGACAAUUUAGAUCCCCUAACUAAUUUUGAUGGGUUACAAGACGUAGACUCGCUAGCACCUCUGUUCAACGAGAUAGACGCCAAGGCUAUUGGGUUAUAAUGGAUAUGGUGACGAUAGCAUUGAUCCACAAUUUCAACAGCCAGUCCCUUGUAUAUACACGAUAAAUAGUGGAAACACUAGUGCCGUCUUGUUUUUGUAACUGCCAUUCUUGAAGUGAACUUCCAACAGGAUUAUCACAAGGUGCCCUAUUCACCCGACUAUACACACCGGUAGAUGAAAUAGAAACCUUUGUUUCUAUGUUCCCUUUUCAUCCAAUCAAUAUUAAACCCAGUGGGAUAAUUAAUGGGGCUAGUAUAAAUUUACACACUCUCGAUAUACCUGAUACAUAAUUGAAUUUUAUGUAAAAAAUCGUCAUCAAGUUUCGUGUCUGAAUAAGCACUAUGGUGAUGUAACACCAUCAAUCUAAAAUUUAAGAUCAUCUAUAUCAACGAGUUCAAUAUUUUUUUUUUCUCUUUCAAUAAGUCUUUUGACGUUAAUUCGCGUUGUACAAAAAUCAUGGCAAACAAUUCUGCACAGCGAUAAGCUACUCAGCAAUUCAUCACAUCGGGCAUUACUUCAAAUUAAAUUUGUUAUCAAUUAUAGACAAUGAACUCUUCCAUUUAUUCCUCAAAGCGUAAAUGCGUUGAUAAAUACACCUCAACCCCCAUUUAAACUCACACGUUUGUAAAAUAGGUUUGCACAUAACGAACCAAGGAAUUUUUUUAAUCUGGGGGUACCCUGCACAAUGACAUCCAGUUUGCGGGUACCAUCUGCUAAGUUUGGAGGGAUGGAACUUAUUUAUUUAUUUAUUUUUGCGGGACGAAUUCAUAUGAAAAUUCCUGAUUUUCCACUAUGCCUAGAUACCCUAUAAAAUAUAUCUGAAAACAAGACAUAAUGUGAAACAUUACUUUGUCAUCAAAUGGUGCUCUGAGUAUAGUAUAUGGCUCAAGUCAGCCCACGAUAGAAGAUAUUGAUAGUACGUAUCUACGAAAAAGUGAAUAUCUGAUUAUGUCUUUAUCAAUUGGAAUGGAUCUUUCAAACAUUGAACUCUACGUGCCUCAUCUGCAAACUUAUCUGUCAUUGCCAUGAUCACAUCGAAAUGAUUCAAUUUAUAAAUCAGACAUGCCCAUGGUAUACUGAGGAUUAGUAAGUCCUCCAAAUAACAAUGAUCAACCUUAGCCCAUUCCUCCCAGCCAUUCUCAUCAGUCAGUACAGUAAACUGAGGCAUUAUUUUUGUGUAACAUACCCACAUUGCUUUAGGACACAAUUGGCAGCGAGUCACAGAUUAAAUUUUAAUAGGAUUUGUAAAUUUGUACUAAAAUAUUAUUUCAUAUCCACAUUAUAAAGAUGGUAGUGACAGUUGGCACACACCUAAUUAUAUACAUUACAUACCUACAUGUAUACGUAGCAUGUAUCAUACUUAGGUAUACACGCAUGUACUAUAAUGUAUACAUGCAUCUAUAUUGAACGCAAAAUGUUAUCGAUAAGUUUUUGCAAAGACUAUAGUAACAAACUUUGAAAAAAAAAAACAACAGCUGGUUUCGGUCACCAGCGAAUAAUUCUUUCUUUUUUUUAGUAAGUGCCCUGUAUCUCUUUCACAGUACGAAAAUACCAUAGACAUGCAUACUCUCAUAAUAUUAUAUAGUGUCUUAAAAAGACAACAAUUUAUACAUAGAAUUUAGUUACCGCUCUGUCGAUGAAUAUUUCAUACGGAUAUCUUCAAUUUUCCUUCAGAGUAGUACACGAGUAAUUGUUGCAGGAUACACAGUUUCUAUGUCAUUGCCGUAAUAGUUUUCACUUACUGAGGUCCCCCAUGUGAAGUCAUUCAUAAAUAGUGCUUUGGACAGACACAUAUGUUCUUUAGAUUGAAGAAUCAAAUCAACUUUUAUUUCCGUUUUUUCUGUCAACUGCAAAAUGUUGGAUAAGGUUUAAUACGUCGAACUGUAUUUCAACAAUAAAAUCAAUUCCUUUUUCGUUUUGAAAGAAAAAAGAAAAAAGAAAAAGAGUGAAUUAUGUCAUAUGCUUGACCAAAUGUUGAAAGAUGAUGAAACAUAGUAAUGUUCCCAGCAUAUAAUGCACAGGGAAACAUUAGGUUCUUAGAAAGAACAAUGCGAUGGUUGAAUAGUCACAUUUUUGUGACCUGGCUAAUGGAUUAUGUUUGACAAUUCACCAAUACCGUACUUAGUUAUACAUACCUAUGGUAAUGAAAUUGAAGACAAAGUGCUGCGUGCAAGUAUUUCAUCCAUGCUUCUUCAUCUUUUUACAUUUCACUUUGAUAUUUUCAUUGAAGAAGAAAAAAAAUUAAAAAUAAACAAAACAAUAAUAUUCACGAGCUCACUGUAAAUUUCAAUGCUCUGAUGAUAAUAUUCACUAUUAAUUAAAUUUAGCUGAAUUGAAAAUAUCAAAUAUAUAAACAAGUGAUUGAUUAUUAUACAUGUACAAAUUAUUUUAUAGGACUGAAUAUUUCUCUAUUUUUUUUCCUUCUCUGUAGGCUUCUUUUUUAUUAUGUAAAAUUGUUGUAGCGAGUACUUUUAGCUUUUUUUUAUUGAAUUAUACCGCAUAGCACUAAUUUAUUGGUGUCCUAAUGCUGGCACCUUUUUCUUCAUCUCGUCGAUGAUUUUAUCUGUUGAUACUUAGAUUGAUUUAUUAUUAUUAUUAUUAUUAUUAUUAUUAUUAUCAUCAUCAUCAUCAUCAACAUCGUCAUCAUCAUCGUCAUUAUCAUCAUCAUCAUUAUUGUAGCCGUAUUAUAAUUCAACCUCUACGAUCUAGCUUUAAAAGAAAAAAGAAAGAAAAAAAAAAGAAAAAAAAAACAACAAAAUCUACAAGAUAUAAUAAUGUGAUUCCUCAUAAAAUUAGUUACUUAUAAAUUUAUAACAUCUAUUUUAAUUCGUUAGUUUUAUAAAUUGUACAUCUUUGUUCAUAAGAGUUUGAAGAUUUUUACUCGUCCGUCGUCAUGUAUUGUUUGUAAUGUUCAUGAAAAUUUUUAAUAUGAGGACACAGGGUACGUCAACUUGUGACGCGCGACCGCGUCACUGAAAAUAUUAUCUAUAAACGAGGAAAAAAAAAAAAUUUGGGGUUUCGAUAUGGUAAUGAAAUAAUCCGAGGUAGACCUAAUUGUUUUCAAUGUCAUCCUCGAAGAUUGCCUGGUAAAAUUUGUGACAUGAAUAUAAUUGAAAAUUUUUUCAAAGUUGAAUAUUAUUUUUAAUGUGUCUAACUUUACAAGCCAAUCACAAUCUCUGCAAGUGAACGACGAAAACGAGCCGCAAUGAAAUAAAUUUAGAUAUAUGUACAAAUGAAAUUUGUAAGCAAAGUAAA